AUGUCAACCGGCGAUCUUACGUCUCAUAACCAGGUGAUCGUGCUCCAAGACGGCUACUCCUAUCAGGAUGCUGACAACGAGUCGCAUAUGAGGGCCAACUGCACCUCCACCCUGAUACGUUGUAGGGAUGGCACUAAUGUCAUUGUAGACACAAUGACAGCAUGGGACGGCGAGCAUCUUCAAACUCUUCUGCAUGGACAGGGACUGGAUGCUAAAGACAUUCACGUGGUGGUCUGCACCCAUGGACACUCUGACCAUAUAGGAUGCAAUUAUCUGUUUCAGACGGCGCGGAUGCAUUUAGUGGGCGCUUGCGCCUCAAAUCGUGACCUCUACAUGGAUCACUUUGGCGGCGGCGAUGAAACAGAGGAGCUUGCGCUGGACUCAAAUAAGGAGGUACUGGUGAGGAGGACACCAGGGCACACGCUCAGUUGCGUUUCUGUGAUUGUAAAUAACUCUCAACUGGGUGGGACUGUCGGCAUAACCGGAGAUCUCUUCGAGCGUAAGGAGGACAUAGAUGACGACAGUAUUUGGAGGGAUGCCGGCAGCGAGGAUCCUAAAAGCCAAGAGGAGGAGCGCUGGAAAAUGGCUGAAAUUUGUGACUUUAUUGUGCCAGGACAUGGUCCCAUAUUUCCAGUUAAUGCGAUAGUCCGUUCAAAGCUAAAAAUACCUGAAAAUAAAUAA